AUGGAAAUUCUGCAAAUAGCUAGCUGGAAUGUGAACGGGUGGAAGAGGAGCUGUGAGCUAAUAAAACACAGAGAAGUUACAGUGGCCCAAUUUUUGAGCAAACUCAACAUUGACAUCCUAUGUUUACAAGAAACUAAAACGAACGACUCGACUAUUGAGAAUGAGUUCCGCUUGUUAGACGCAUAUUCGGAUGAAUACGAGACCUACUGGACGUGUUGCAAGAAGAAGGGUGGAGAAAAGAUACAGAGAGGGUACUCUGGCCUUGCUACUUACGUGGGACAUAAGGCGAAAAUCAUUUGUUGCUGUAGUGAUCCCUUCCGGAACUUUUUCUUUUCCGUGGAUGGCUUUUCGGAUGAGGACCUCCUGGUCUCGAGGUGCUUCCCUCGGGACAACUCGUCCGUGUCCUUUUACGCGCUGCCACGAGGUAGCGGCCAUAUUAGCGGUGUGGUUAGCAACCAGACAGCGGGCCAGACAGCGGGCCAGACAGCGGGCCAAAUCCGCCCCGCUGGCGCCCCCCUGCAGUCAGUGAGCGAUCUAUUCAAUGAAGGCAGAGUACUCAUUACAAUCCAUAACCAGUUCGUCCUCGUCAAUGUGUAUGCGCCCUACUCUGGGUGCGACUACAACCGCCUGGACUACAAAAUGAGAUUUCUCCAUGCCGUUCGAAGCAAGCUCCUUGAGCUGAGAAUAACGACAGGUCUGCCAAUCAUCCUCGUGGGAGACCUAAACAUAUCCUUCCGAAACAGAGAUGUCCAUUACCUGAACAAUGUAGUAAAUCUAGAUGAGCUACAAAAAGAGAUAAACAAGGUCAGCAUACGGGAGGACCUAAAACAGAGGAUAUGCAAGCAGAUACCUCUCAUCAUCGAGACACUGAACAAUCGGGACAAUUUCGUCAUUAAGAAGGUUAAAGGAGAAAAUAGUGAGUCGUUCCGACUGUACUUAAAUUUUAACGGGGAAGUCAAAAGGGUCGGUACAAAAUUUACUUCGAUGGAGGAAAUUUAUUUUUUCUUUUCAUUGGACCCGGUUUUCGUGGAAGACAAGUACGCGGGGGUGUACCCGAACGACUUUUUCUUCUUCCUCCAGGAACCAGGGGGGGACAUCCAAGGUGGGGACGUCAGAAGUGGGGACGACGAAGAAGGGGACAACCAACGAAGGGACAAUGAAGAAUGGGAUAAGGAAGGAAUUUUCCACAAGGGAAAUGACCACCCAGGAGACCCGCUCCACCGAUCGGAGACCCAUCACGGCAACCACGAGGAGCGCGACGUGUACGAUUCCUUCGCCGAGGAAAGCGAACAGAUUUGCUCUCACCUCAGGAAGGAGGAAGCUGCCCCAAUAGAGGAUUACCUUCUCCACAGGGGACGAAAAAACGUUAAGUGUAAUCUGAAGAAGAUUGCUACCCAUGGAGAGUGCAGAACGAUCCUGUGUAGGUAUUCCUUCCAGAGUUGCAUCGAUGGAAAAUACAACGUUAAGAAGGCCAACACUCUCUACUUAAAGCACUUAAAUGAUAUCCUCAUCUCCUUAGGAACGUUCCUUUCGAGGGAGGAUUUACUAAAUGUCGCCAACGCCGUUGGACAUUCUUCCUCCCCCGAGUGCUGCACCAACUUUAUGAAGAAUCUAAUCUGUGAGGAUAGGAUGGUAGAUACGUUCUCCUUUUUUUAUCCGUUCCUUAACGGUAAGUUCACGUGUUGGGACGCGUCUAAACAGCACCGGAUGAGCAAUGAGGGCUCGCGCAUCGAUUACAUUUUGGUGGACUUUGUUCUGUAUGCGCGUCUGAUAAAGGGGCAUUCCCACUUGUACGCAUCCCCGGUGAUUUUAACGGACGAGCUUAGGGAGUGGCUCCGCCGGGGGGGUGGCCCCAGCGAGGCGGCCCGUGACGAAGCAAACAAUGGCGUGGUAACGGAUGAUGCCCCGAAUAAUGCCGCAGAGACUAGUAACGCCGCUAACACGGGUAACAGCGUUGACAAUGAUAAGGCCGCUGACAAUGAUAAGGCCGCUGACACUGGUAACGCCGUUGACACUGGUAACGCCGCUAACACUGAUAACGCCGCUAACACUGAUAACGCCGCUCACCCCCGCGAGCGAAGCUACCUAUGGGUGAAUUCCCCUGAGAACAACUGCAACUAUGCCAACUACUUCAAUCGGCUGAGAAAAAAAGCGGGCAGGAUUCCCACGGAGGAAGAAGCGCUAAGCGGAGACGAAGAAGACAUUUACCACUUCCAAUUUAAGCUCCGAAGUUACAUCGGUUUUAUAUACACCUCACCGAGGCUAAGCGACCACAUAGCAGUUAACUGUACCUUCUUGACCAAGGCAAAGUCAGGAGGGGAAGAGAAAAGAAAACAAAUACCCAUAUGUUUUUCUGGAGAAGCUACCAUACCUCUGCGCAGCUUCUGCUCCUCAGCUGAGCAGUAUGCUUCCUUUUUGCCUCUCUACUUGAUUGACACUCCGCUUUUUUCUGGAUACGCCUUCAAAUUCUUACACCCCCUUCAUGCGCAUGGCGGCACGUGUCCCAGCGUCGCGCGGGCGCAGCCCCAUAAGAAGACGAGCAAGAUAACGCAGUAUUUUAGCAUAAAAAGGGGCAAACGUUAG